UGCAUGGAAAGAUAAUUCCACACAUUCAAUAGUGCAAAACUCCCUGCAAUGACUAUCUCAGUCAUAAUCUUACAAAACCGUGUCAUCUCUCGGGUCAUUCAAGGAAUAUAACGAUGCUCUUUCAACAUUUCCCCUACCUGUUGGGGGUUAUCUUGGCGUUUUACAGCAAUGCUGAGGCGACUGCUUGUGACGAUGGCUGGACCCAUUUCCAGACCUCCUGUUACCUACUCAAAGACGACCUAGAAAACUGGGCUUCCGCAGAGUACAUAUGCUCGGCCUUACAAGGAAAACUAGUUGAAAUUGAAUCGUCUGUGGAGAAUAGAUUCCUGAAGAAUCGAAUCGCCUUUCUCCAUAGUAACCAUACCUAUGACAACGUGAACUAUUGGAUCGGGGGUACGGAUCUAGAGGCAGAAGGCACUUUUCUCUGGGUCAAGACGAGGGACCCUUUCUCGUUCACCGACUGGCACCCCUCCCAGCCGAACGGGGGUCCAGAGGACUGUGUGGCGUUCAACUGUUUCACUGACUCCAGCAUACAGUGGCACGACUUCUCGUGUAGGCAGCUCAACUACUACAUCUGUGAGAAAGAGUUGAGUGACAACGAAAUUAACAAUAUAAUUGGGUGACAAAAUGUACAUGUUUUAUUGUUGAAAUGCAAAACUUGAAUAAAGGAUGGGAAUGUG